GGUGCGAUGGGAGCUGCGCGGCGGCCGGGGGAAGUGACGACAGCAGGGAGCGGCGCGGAGGCUGUGAGAGACGUUUACAACGUACUAAAGACACCAAACCUCAACCAGGCUAUCUAUCAAACUAGAAGAUCUGCAUCGACUGAUCCAAAUGAUACAGAAGACUUUGAUUCAUUUUCAUCUUCCCUUGGAAUGAGUCUUUGUUCAGAAAGUGUGCUUGGAACUUCAGAAAGGGAUCCUCUCGAUGCCAUGUUGGAUGCUCAUCCAAUGAGAGAACUACAAGGCUUUCCAUCAUUUUUGCAUGCUUCAAAUCAAGUACAAAACCAGUCACUGAAACCAAGGUCAUGGACAGUGCAGCCUGAGCAUUUAAUUCUUACUGUACCAUCAGUGGACGGAUCUGCAGAGAGGGUACAGAUUAUAAAUCACUCCACUCGAUCUUUGUCUUUUGAACUUUCCUGGCCAGCACACUCAUUAACAGUGACACCUCAGCAUGGAGUUCUUGAUCCAGAGAGCCACUUGUUAAUUCUUGUGAUUCUAAAACCUCUGAUUGCUAAAGCUUCUGUGCCACGGACUGGACACAUUUAUGUGCACUGUGAUAACAUGGAGGAGUUAAUUAAAGUAGAAAUUCAAGGUGCUGUGAUGAACAAUUGUACAGCUAUACAAAGCCCAAAAACAGCACUAUGCAUGGAACCUUGGACACCUUAUCGCCGUUCAUCGAAGAUUCCAUUACAGUCUACACUUACCAAACUGAAGAUAAAGAACAAAACUAUAAAAUUUCCCUCAAUAUCACCUGGGUCUAGUUCAGAAUCAUUACUGGAAAUUGAAAAUGAUGGCAAAGAAACUGUACAAUGGUUUUUAUCAUUGGAAUCUCCAUAUGUAAAGUGGGUGGAUGGGAAAGAAGACAUUUACGGAGCAGUUUAUCCAGUCUUUAAAUGCUCUAGGUUGUCUGGAACACUGCUAGGACACAGUAAAGAGGAGUUGCCAAUAAUAUUUAUGCCAAGAGGUAGGGGAGAAUAUGUUCAAUUCUGGGAUCUGGAAUAUCAUCUGUCUGCGCAGCCACACAUGAAACACAAGAUUCAGUUUCAACUUCACGGUGUGGGAACAAUACCCACAGUGAACUCCAGGAGAACUGAUUCGGCCACGGAACUGGUAACUUGUCAAGAAAAGGCAUCCUACAAUUGCGUGUUUGCAGCUGAAGAUUUUUACCUAUUCCCUGCCACUGCAGUGGGGCAAACCAGCACAUUAAAGGUGAACUUGCGUAAUAGUUCCUCUGUUGCACACAAGCUAAAGUUUAGAAACCCUAAAGAGCCAUUUUAUAUCAAGUAUUCCUAUUAUGCACUACGGUCUCAACACUACAUCAAUCUACCUGUCCAGUUCAAACCAGAAUCAGAGGGAAGAUUUGAGGAACUCCUGGUCAUACAAACUGACAUAUGUGGGAGGCUUCCUAUUAAACUUAUUGGUGAAGCUAUUAAAAAGAGCAAAUAAAACUUGAACUGUUUUGUCAUACGAAAUGUUGUAUUGAACCCUGGAGGAAAAUUGAAAAUUACCAGCUUUGUGUUGCAAUCUUGCAGCAUCUUUUCUGUACAUUUUUUAAUGUAUACAUUUUGCAUAUCAAGCCAGUUUGAUUUGACACUUCCUCUUGGAGUAAAAAAUAUUGUAAUAUAUAUUUAUACAUAUUGAGUAAGAAAACCACCUUACUGUGGAAAGGAAUUGUAUGUUUCUACCCUUCCCUGCAACAUUAUUUAACUUUUUGUGACUGUUUUAUGUAUAUUAGAAAUAAAGUUAAUUUUGUAU